AUGGCGUCGAGCGUGGAUGCCAAGCUCAUUAGGCGGACUAAAUUCCCGCCUGAGUUCAACAAGAAGGUGGAUAUGACCAAGGUCAAUAUUGAGGUUAUGAAGAAAUGGAUCGCAAGCCAAAUAUCCAAGAUACUGGGGAACGAGGAUGACGUUGUUAUCGAGCUCUGUUUCGCACAUCUCGAGGGAUCACGCUUCCCCGAUAUCAAACUUCUCCAAAUCCAACUCACCGGAUUCCUAGACAAAGAUACCCCCAAGUUCUGCCAAGAGCUGUGGUCCUUGUGUCUAAGCGGUCAGGCCAAUCCACAGGGCGUCCCGAAGGAGCUCCUAGAGGCUAAGAAGCUUGAGCUCAUACAAGAGAAGCUCGAAGCCGAGAAAGCCAGUGAAGCACUUCGACGCCAAAGGGAACAAGACCAAAACCGCGAACGAGAGCUGGAUGAUGUGAGACGCCGCGAGCGAUCAGACCGCGGACGCGGAGGACGAGCUGGUGAUCGCGGUGGCCGUGGAGAUCGGGGACGAGACUUCAACAGACGAUACUCGCCUCCCAGAGACCGAGACCGCAGCCGAGACCGCUUCCGCGAACCUACAUCUCGACGUGACUUCGACUCCUACGUGCCAACUGGUAAUCGUGGCGGCCGUCGGCCAUCCAGAUCUCCACGCGGCACCCGUUCUCCAUCUCGAUCCCCAAAGCCAUCUUCCCCAUCUCGCCGGACCCGCGAGGAGCCCCGCCACAGGCGACGCGAACGUCGCUCCCGUUCCCCAAGCAACUCAGUAUCUCCUGAGCGACGCAACCGCGGAGGAGCCAGAAGGCGCAGCAGUCCGGAUUACGGUGAUCGUGUUAAAGCAAGACCCAUUUCCCGCAGCCGUUCCCCGCGCUCACGUUCCCCCAGAGGAUACCGCCGCCGACAAAACUCCGUCUCUCGCAGCCGCAGUGUAUCUUCGCCUCGCCACACCCGGCGCCAGGCAGACUCUCGCAAGUCCGUAUCUCGCUCGCGAUCCCGCCGCUCAUCUGGACGCUAUGCCCCCCGCGACUCUCGUCGCUUGAGCCGCAGCCGCAGCCGCAGCCGAAGCCCUGACCGUACCGCUGCACGUGAUCGUGGUGAGAACCGUCGCCGCCGCAGCCCCAGCGGUGGUCGGAGCCGUAGCCGCAGCCGCAGCCGCAGCGCCAAGAAAGACACUGAUGGCAAGCGGCGCCGCUCGAUUGAAAGAUACAACUCCGAUGAGAAACGACGCAAGAUGGCUGAUGAGAACGAGGACUCCACCCGAACACCCUCGAAAACUGAUGAACCUUCCAAAGCUGAUGACAGUGAGACAAAAGUUGCCGAGCAGGUUGGUCAUUGA